UACUUGAGCUAAGUGUGACUGGCGUAGAAAAGAGCUUAUCCCCGGCUUGGGAUGGGAGGUGGAGACAAAGGGAAGAGUUAGUUGAAAUAUGUUGCGUGAAUUGUAGAGGGACUGGCUUGAAUGGCGUAGCUAAGGGACCGUCUACUAAUCGUAGUUCCCCGCUACUAGAGUGAGUCGUUCUAAAGCUCAGCACCCGAGGGGGUCCUACCCUGUCUUUUCUUUCCCUGCCCUGCCGGGCGGCUGUUAUUUACUUCAUGGCGCGCUGUGGGGGGGAUGUGGCCUCGAGGGGCCCAGGUAGGACUAGGGAAAGCGAAGGGAAAGGCAGUGAGAGGGGUAUCUCGGAGAGGCGGCGGCUGAAGGAGAUGGUGGCUGAGCAACUGAGGCAGGACAUGAAAAGGCUUCUUAAAGAAGAAAUCCACACUGAUGUCACUUUCUGUGUUGGCACUACUGUUUUCCAAGCUCACAAGGGAGUGCUUUUAGCAAGAGCUCCAGAUUUUUUUUUACACAUUGCUGGAAGAGUGUUAAAUAACCUAAACAACUGUGAAGUUCUGAAUCUGGAGAAUGUGGAAUCCUCUGAAUUUAAAAGAUUCCUGCAGGAUGUGUAUUCUUCUGACAGAAAUGUUAAAGAGUCUGAGCAAGUGAUUCUCAAGAAAAAAGUACCAAAGCCUAGCUUCACAAAGGAAGAUGAAAGCCUUGAAGUCGGCAAUCUACAGAAUGGUCAAAUAUCAGCUGGGCAGUGUCUAGAAAAUCAUGAAAGGACAUCUGGUUAUCGGUAUUCCUCAAAGGGAGCCGUAGAAACUGCUGCUUCCCCUCUUCUUGCAAAUGAAAUUUCUGAAGAAGUUGCUGUUGAUACUGAAGGCAAUGCAUUUGUGUCAGAUAAUUCUGAAAUAGAAACUUCAUCUGACUUAGGAAGAGACCUGUUAAUGCUCUACAAGAAAUCUUGGUUUUCAGAUAUUAAUAUUUGGAUUGACAGAAAACAAUUUCGAGUGCACAGGGCCAUUCUAUGUGCCAGAUCUAGUUAUUUUGCUGCAAUGCUGAAUGGGAACUGGGCGGAAAGCUUUCAAGAGCACAUCGCUCUUCAAGGUUUAAACCAUGUAGAAAUGGCUGUUGUUCUGCAUUUUAUCUAUGGAGGAAUUUUAGAUUUCCAAAACAAAGCAGAUGCUGGUUCCUUACUGAACAUUGCAGACAUGUAUGGACUAGAGGGUCUGAGAGAAGUAGCUAUGUAUGUUCUGAAAAGAGACUACUGCAACUUUUUUCACAAGCCCAUGCCUGGGAAGCACCAGCCUGUUGUAGAAUGUCUAGCUAUUGCCCAUUCAGCAGGAGCAGAAAGCCUUUAUGAUGCUUGCAUGAAAUGGCUAGUACGGCAUUUUGUAAGAUGUUGGUCAGAGAGGAGCUUUGCUAGUUUACCCCCUGAGCUUCAGAAUAAUUGUCUCAGCAUGUUGAUCCACUCUUUGAGCCCACAGAAUGCUGCCCACCGUUUGAUGGAAACCAGCCGACUGAUUGGUAGCCUUCCCCAAGUGAAAUGGACUGAAACGGCUCUUCUCUUGGCAUCUAGGCUACAAGAAGAGUGUGUAGCAUUUAUGGUGGCACAUUUUCCCGAAACAAUACAGAGUGAGAGCUUUUUUGCCCUGCUACAGUCUCAGGCCAUGAGCAGCCAACCUGACCUCCUUGAUCAAGUGUUUGAAGCAGUUGAGAAGGGUGUUGGCACUGAAAAUGGUUGCUGUCUUCUUACAGCUAUGGACACUUUGUUAAAUUCUGCAAAGGUGAAGGAGACGGGGUUUACAUGCAAGAUCCAGGCUCUGCGUGAUAAGCUGUGGAUCUUCCUGGUUCAGUCUUUUUAUGCUGUUCGUCACACAGAGAGCUGGGAGCUGCUGAAGCCAGAUGAUCAAAAGAAAAUACAAGCAGCUGCUUUUGAUAAAGGCGAUGACAGAAGACCUACCAAAAAGCCCAUAUUCACUAGUUCUCAGUUAAACAGAUGCAUUACUGACAAUUCUGGUAUAAAACAUACUGCUUGGAAAGCAGACGGACAGAAAAAUAGUUGGGGUGGUUCCUCUACAAAUCAGAAUAAAAUGAAAUCUGAUGGAUUAGGAGCAUCUGGACACACAUCAGCUACCAACAGGAAUGGCACUAAUAAAGCUUUGAAACAUGACGAUUUAAAGGGGAAAGACAAUAAAAAAGCAGUUUGCAAGAUGAUGAAAGAGUCCAAAAUGGGGGAGAAAAUGCCUUCACCAAAGGCUAGAGCUGUUAUAAAGCCCAAAACUGAAAAUAAUGGAAAUGUUAAGGCUGAAAGCUUGCUUACAAAACAGGAUUCUGACCGGUCUUCAUCUGCUAGUGGACACAAAAAUGCAGGAAGUGGCAAAGCCUUGAAAAACCAAGAAGGUAAAACUUCAGGUGCCCGACCCAAAGUACUUACUGGAAGCUCAAGUGUACAAAUUAAAGCAAAACCUUUGAAGAAAACCAGCGGAAAGGAAUCUCCUUCUUCUAUGGGCACAGAAACUCUAAGCAAGUCAACCAACUCGAGCACAGAUCUGCAGGUGUCCAUUGAACAGCUAGAUGAACUGAAAGAGGAAAAAUUGACAGAAGAAAGCAAAAAACACUCAGCUUUGAAAACCAAGUCUACUUUGAAGAUGAUUAAUGGAGCCCCUGCUAAAAGACAUGUUAAUGAUCUUGAGGCUAAUAGUUCCAUGAACAGUGUGAAGAAAUGCACUGGAAAGGGCAACAAUGAACACCUACCACAAGCAGUAUUGAAGAAAAGGGGAAAUGAAUCUGGCAAUUCUACCAUUCAACAGAAGACAAAGCAUGUAGCUAACACUAUGAAAAAUCAAGGUCCACAGGGAGAGAUACCAAAUCCACUAAAGCCUGGACUUUCUCCAAAGCAAAAUGAAGAAAAAAAUAUGACACAAUAUCUGACUCAAUCGGAGAAGCAGGCUUCAUCAAAGAAAAAGUCUAAAUCUCCACAAACAACUUCAGUUAAAGUUACAGCAAAAAUAAUAUCCAAAAACCAAACCCAUUCAAAGAAAAGUGAAACAGGGAACAAUAAAGACCAAAAACAAAAAUUAGCUACAAGCCAACCUAUUUCAAAGCUUUCAUCUUCAAGCCAGAAACAUUCGAGAAGCGAGUCACCAGUUCAGAAGAACUUACAUGGAGAAGUACAAAGAAAUUCAGGUCAAAAACUUGAAAACUCUGCUGCAUUAGGAACUCAGGUACCUGGCAAUAACAAAUCUAGUCCAGGGAAAAAGAAUAGCAGUGGAACACCCUUGCUUGAGAUAGAUAAAAGACACAUACCUGAUUCAGAAAGAGUGACUCGCCUUGAAGAGAGGCAGUCCAAAGGAGAUUUGGAACAUCAGUGGGCUGCAGAGCUGAGAGUAUCAAUGAAAACAGAAAAGAUAGCAAAACAGAUUCAUAAGAAUGAGAAGGAUGAUAAGUCACUUGUAGAUAAAACUACCGAAGAAUGUAAUGCACCUGAAUUGCAUCAUAUGCAAGAGGAGAAGAGCACUAUAAGUGAGAAUGUUUGCCAAAAUCAUACCAUCUUGGCUUCAAAAGAGUUGAAGUGCAAAGUGCUUCCUGAUUCUACUGCCUGCCAAUGUACAGGAGAAAAUCAUUUAGUACGAGCAACAUCAGUUAGUUGCAAACCCAAUGAUACCUUAAAGGGUGAUAACUAUGUUGAUGAUUCAUUGCACAGCUUGUCUGAAAUAGCCAAUGAUAGCUCUAACUCUGAACAUGAGGAGAAAAAACUUUCUAAAACCUGCCUAAUGGGGUCUGAAAGUGCUGAUGAAUUCUCGGAUAAAUCUGCCUUGACUGAAUCCCAGUCAGCUACUGUAGAAUCAGAUGCUGCUUCAAAAUCUUUCAUAGGACAUGUUGCAGAAAAAUGCUCCUCUAAAGACACUGAUACCACAGAAACACCAGAGAGCCAUGAAAACUCAGAGGCUCCAUUUGCAGAUCAUUGGAAUUUGAGUUCCAGUGCACUUGAUCCAAAAGAAAGCCCUGAAUCUGACACUGGCAGCGCAACAACAUCAUCGGAUGAUAUAAAGCCAAGAUCGGAGGACUAUGAUGCAGGAGGAUCUCAGGACGAUGAGGGAUCAAAUGAGAGAGGGAUUUCAAAAUGCAGCACUAUGUUAUGCCAUGAUUUCCUUGGCAGAAGUAGCAGUGAUACAAGUACACCCGAAGAACUAAAAAUCUAUGACACAAGUCUAAGAAUAGAAGUAAAAAUGAAAAAGGAAAACUCUGAUCUCUUCAGGGUUAUUUCAACAAGUGAUGAUGAGAUCCCUAGAAAAAGGCCUGAAACAUGGUUGCAUCAAGGUGAUGAGAAAAGGGGUGGGUCCAGAGAAAAUAAUAUUAACUUUGCCACUGCACAGUUUCCUCAAGAAGCUGAUCAGGUCUCCUCUUCAGCAGAUGAAACAGAAGAUGAAAAGUCUGAAACUGAAAAUGUUGUAGAAAAUCUGCCUCCAUCAGAAGUUCCUGUUCAGCAGUUCCAUGGAAUAGUGAAUCUAGCAUUUGAAGAUGCAGCAGAAAAUGAUACUGAAACUCAAGAAUUCUCUACCACUAAACAUUUUAAGCGUUCUGUAUUACUUUCAGUGGAUGAAUGUGAAGAACUGGGAUCUGAUGAUGGUGGGGAAGUUCAAACUUCCCUCCAGCGUUCCCUGGAUGCUGCAACACCUUCCGAUGUGUUUGAUGGUAUUUCCUAUGAGCAUCAUGGCAAAACAUUUUAUUCAAGAUACUCCUUGGAGAUUGAGGAUGGAUUCCUGGAGUACAAGGAGCAUGAUAAGGAUAGACUGGAUCAAAGUGAGAUCGCUUCUGUAGAUCCUCAUGGCAUUGAGCAAAAAGCCAAAGAUAAUUCAGGUACUCCAGUUAUAGAACAAAAGUCUACAGAGAAAGAUUUAACAGUACGAUAUAGCCAAUCUCCUGCAGAAGUUAAGGGAAAUGCCAAGAGUGAAGAGAAUAAUGAAUUUCAGUGCAAUAAAGUUUCAGACAAUGACACAAAAUCUCAAGGAAGACCAUGUCACCUGGAUCUUCAUCAAAGGGAUAAUACUGAAUUACAAAAGAACAGUUCUACAAAACCUGUAGAUCCUUGUAGGAGUCAUUUAUUGACUCAAGAAGGUCACGUGAAAGAGAGUGAGCCAGCAUCUACUGAAUACGCUAAUACUGCUUUAUCUGCAGGAGACAUAGAUGAUUGUGACAGAUUGACACAAACCUACAUGUAUGAGCAUCGGCCUCCAAAAACCCUUUCUCCAAUUUACGAGAUGGAUGUUGGAGAAGCUUUUGAGCAGAGGAUGGAAUCAGAAGUAAACAUUCUAGAUGUGGAUUUUGAAGAUCAGCCAUUUGCAGAACAGGACUGGACUCUUCUCAGGCAAUUGUUAUCUGAUCAGGAGUCAAACUUAGACAUCAAAGACUCUGUUCCCGAAGACCUUAACUUAGCACAGUAUCUCAUCAACCAGACACUUUUUCUGGCACGAGACAGUUCACAACCUCAGGGUAAAGCACAGAUUGACACUUUCAGUAGGUGGACUGAACUAAUAUCUCCUCUAGAUGAUUCUUCAGCAAGCAUCACAGUGGCAAGUUUUUCCUCUGAAGAUUGUUCUUCCCCUCAAGGAGAAUGGACAAUUCUUGAACUAGAAACCCAUCACUGAAGUGUUUUGAGACAGGACUCUUCCCCUUCUUCCUCCUGUACCUCUGCAAGUAAAUAUGUGAUGCAAUAUUUCCAUACAAUAAUAAAUACUGCAUCAGUCAAGAAGAGUCAGUCCUUGAUAUUGAAAUGAUCCUUCCAUUAAAUGUUUUGUUACUAAUUUAAGAUUUAAACACAGGUGAAAUAAACUCUUGAGAUUUAAAGUGAAUGUUUUCUAAAAACUAUUUUCGAGCAUGUCUUUUUUCUUUUCCUAGACUUAGAAAAUUAGAUGACCUGUAAGAAAAACUCUUGACUUACUUGCCCUUCCCCUUUUUCAUUCACCACUUAGUCAUAUAUUUCUGGAUGCUCAAUGAAUUAAAACAUGAAUGCAGAAAAAGUAGUGCUAUCUUUUUUCUUCUUCCAAUGCUCUCCAUAUAUAGUGACUUGGUGACUUCUUUAAAGAUAAGAGAUUCACAGUGAUUAUGUCAAAGAUGUGUGCCAGCAGUACUUUAAAUUCUAGAAAUGUGUUUGAAUUUACAGGAAAUUUUUUGAUGCAACUGUUUCUGAAUUUAUUUAUAAAUAGCAGCAUGUUUUGUCUUCUCCAGAUUGAUUUUUGUAUCUCUUUUGUUUUUGAAAAUUCAAUAAAUUUCUAAGUUGUUUGUUUAAAUCUAAGACUGUACAGGUAUUACUGGAAGGAAUACAUAGUGGUGCUUUUCUAGGAAGAAAUAAAUG